AAUUCCUAAGCAAAUUCUACUUUCUCUAUAACUUUUAUGAACUUGUCAGUUGCCUGUCGUAAAUUCCCCCACCAAAUUGUCAGUGUUGUUUUAUCAAAAUUGAGACAAGAUAAAAUACCUGGUUUUGUAAACUUCUUUAACAAAUUGUAAAUAAUGUGUGAAACAUUUAGCAACAAUUAUUAAUUUACUAUGUUAAUCUUAAGGACUGUAACGAUGGGUGAAAACGUCCUAAUACAUUGUUACAAUUAAAAUAUCGUUGAUACACCUACUUUUUAUCCUAUAUAGAAAGUGGUUUCCAAAUAAUGAAUCGGCACAAAUUUUGGAGAGGAAUAACACCGUUGGAUAUCGAUUCAUCCCAACAAGUACCUGAAAAAAUCGUAAAAUUGUGUUCCCUUGGUAAAGAUUUUAUUGUAUUAGGAAGUGACCAUGGCCUCUAUCACUGUGACAUUGAAGGAGAUGCCUUGAAAUUCAGGAAAAUCAGUGGCAUUUCAGCAAUAGAUAUAUCAUAUCACAAUGAUAUCCUUUACAUUAUUGAUGUCUAUGGAAGAUUAUACAAAACAAAUUCUACUUUUAAAAAUAAGGAAGAAAUUGUAGUUAAGGAAGAUGCAAAGUGCUGUCCUCAUGGGUUUAAAAGUUCUAGUUCCAAAGUGAAAUUCAGGAAUGUGGUGACUAAUGACUUUGGACAACUUUUUAUCAGUAGUGACGGGCAGCUAUGGGGCUCCGGUUGUAUGCCUCAAAUAUCAUUAGACACUGGUUGUAUUAAAAAGGUCCCGUUUUUCGAUGGCAGGACAGUAUACAGUGCAUCUGUAGGACAGAACUUUGCUGCAGUUAUAGCUAGAAAAAAUGUAAAGCAGUCAGAUAAUUGUGACACAGAUAGUGAUAAUGAAGACGAAGAGGUGUUUGCAUCAAAUUGCUCACAAUGCCAGACCAUCAUAGGACUAGCGUCCCCAGCAUCUGUGCCAUCCCUAUCAGAAACCUGUCCCCUUGGAGUCCAAAUCAGCAAGUCUAGUGAGGACUCCAGCAGUACCACGGCUCCACAGACAGAUGUCCAUGUUGAUGCUCACAGCUUUACAGAAGAUUCUAGUCCAUCUUCAGAAGAAUCAAAAAUCACAAAAACAAAUACUGGUCACAAAAGUAGUUCUAAUAACUUAGAUGCAGAUAGAAAAUCAGAUGAUGUAAAAACCCUUGCCAGUGAAGAUGACAAGAUAGAUAAACAAGAUGAUACCCCUCAAGCAAAUACAGAAAAAGUUAACAAUAUUUUUAUAAACACUGAUGCUGCAAGACAGUUUCUGAGCAGACAACUCUCUUGGGUAUCUGCUGGAGAAGACUACUUAGUGGAAUAUACUGAGAAACCUACUAGAAUAAUUAAAGAGAAUGUAUCAAAUCUAACAAACUUUGUUUAUGAAGGUGUAAAAACAGUGGGGGACAAAGUAGCAACACUAUCAAGACAUGUUAGUGGGAGCAGUGAUAAUAAUGAAGCUGUGGAGAUGCAUAUGCGCUUGCACAAUGAAGGCCUUAAUUCCCUCAUGAACAGUUGUACAUCUAAUAGCAAUAUGGAUGAGUUACAGUUCUCAACAAGUACAAUAAGCAGUGAGAAAGAAUUUGAAACAGCAAAGAAAAAUGAGAAUCUUAAAAAUAUGUCAAAAUUGGGAAAGAAUAAUUUAGCUACAGAACUUUGGACUUGGGGUGACAUAUCAUAUGGGCAAUUAGGAAUUGGAGACACUGUAAAAAGAGUAAAACCCAUGGUAGUGAUGAGUUUAUCAGGGUUUGGACUUCAAAAAGUGUCAUGUGGUAAAUGGCACUGUGCUGCUCUAACGUUAGAUGGACGGCUUUUUAUCUGGGGCUAUAAUCAUUUUCAUCAAGUUAGUUUUGACUCUCGACAAGACAAAAGUGGUCCAAAACAGUUCACAGAGAAUUCUGAUAGUGAUCGUGUCAGAGAUAUGGUAGCUACAAACCACCACACACUUGCUUAUACUCACAAUGAAAAUGUUUUCUAUUUGGGAAAGCAUACAGAUGGUUACACUGAAUCUAUCAUAAAUUUAAAUAAUAAAUUAGAAGAAAUGGAGACUGAGAAGGUUAAAGAAGAAAUUACUGAUAUUAGUGAACUCCAAAGCUUCACCAGCAAACCCCAGAAUAUGUGUUACCAUUGGAGGAUACUGUCCUCUGGACAUAUUACUUAUUGCUCAAUAGAAAAGUCUAUGAAAUUACCAGAGUUCCAAGACCUUUCCAUUGCUCAAAGAUAUUUAGAAGAAAUGCUUUCAAUAUACCAUUUACUUGUUAAACCAUUUGUCAAGAAGAGCAAAGGAAUUGCUCUACAUCCCAAUAUUUAUGAUUUGGUUUGUGAUACUUUUGGUGAAAUAUUAAACAUAACUGCUUUGAAUGUACUCUCAAUGUGGCAAUAUGCCGAGAAACAUAUAAAUGAUUGUGAUAUUUCCUUAAUAAGGAAUUUAGAAGAAUAUAUUUAUUUGUACAAAAAGUAUUAUGUAGCUGUAAAUAAUUUGAUUGUUAUUGGAGGUUUCGCUCAGAUUAAUACUAUUGUUGAUGUCCCAACAAAUAUUUAUAACUUAUUUAGUGAUCAGCUGCCAUCAAACAAGCAGAAAAAUAAUAAGAAGACUUCAGAAGCCAUAGUCGCGCUGGCUUUUGUGCAACCGUUAACAAGGUUGAGUUCGUAUAAAUGUAUUGCACAAUCUCUGUUGCGAUAUAGGACCAAGCGGAAAAACAAUGAUGCCAAGACAAAUAUUAGUGAACGACUGAACAAGGUCAUAUCAUCUUUGGACUCAUUGAUUGAGGAGCAAGAGAAAAAUCGAAAAGAAGCCGAGAUAACAAAGUUGUUCUGGGAAACCGUUGGAAAAAGCCUAGAUCAGUACCGAACUCCUGAACGGCGAUUGAUUAGAGAAUCCAAAUCACGACAACUCAACUUGGUGAACCCUGGAAGAUUCAGUUCACAUUGGUUCGUUUUGUUUAAUGAUUUGUUCAUACACAUAAGUGGCAGUAACCCUCAGGUGCAUCCAUUACAAACAAUGUGGGUUGAACCUGUUUCAAAUACUGAAUCGUUACAAAACGUCAUACAGUUGACAACUCCCGAAGAAGUUCUGUCCGUGACUACAAGCACAGAGCAAGAGAAAACCGAAUGGCUUCACGCCCUGAACCAUUCUAUUCGAACUGCAUUGAAUAAAGAGUCGUUUAAACCGCCGGCUAUUAGAACAGCGAGUUAUAAUUUUUCAAACAAGGCUACUUUUUAUAAAGAAGCCAAGUAUCAAGGGAGAUGGCUGGAUGGGAAGAUCCAUGGGCAUGGUAAAAUAGAAUGGCCAGAUGGGAAACUUUACGUGGGACAGUUCCAGCUAAAUGCUUUAUGCGGACACGGGAAAAUGGAAAUACCGAACGUCGGUACAUAUGAAGGUCAAUGGAAAGACAAUCUCCAAAACGGUUACGGCGUAUUAAAAUACCUAAAUGGUGAUAUCUAUGAAGGUUAUUUUAAGGACGGUCAACCACAUGGACAUGGCAUUAAAAAACUAGGAGAUUUUAAAUCAUCUUCAGCCACGUUGUACACUGGCGAAUGGGUCAACGGAGUCAAACAAGGCUACGGGGUCUUGGACGACAUUCUGAAAGGAGAGAAAUACUUAGGCAAUUGGAGUGAUAACAAGAAACACGGGUGCGGAUUAAUCGUUACCUUAGAUGGAAUUUACUAUGAAGGAUUAUUUAUGCAAGAUGUACUCACGGGUCACGGUGUCAUGGUAUUUGAAGACGGCACACACUACGAAGGAGAGUUCAGAUCGGCUGGUGUGUUUUCUGGUAAGGGAGUCCUUACUUUAUCCAGCGGUGACACGAUAGAAGGAUCUCUAAAUGGAGCGUGGACGGAAGGUGUUAAAAUCAGUAACGCUAUCAUGCAUUUGAGUGUUGCUAACUCCUUUUUACCGGAAAAUUCUAAGCCCAACUCCUUCGGCAAACUAAGUGUCGCUCCACAUCAAAAAUGGAACGCAAUAUUCCGACAAUGUUUCCACUCCCUCGGCGUACCAGAGACAAUUCUCACCCCAACAGGAAAUCACUUCGCUAACGGGACUUCCCCGCAAACCAUAGACAAUGUGAAAAUCUGGCAAAACGUAGCAGUAGCUAUUUCUUGCGCGAGAAAGAUGAAACAUAAUAAAAUGGCGAAGAAAAUAAAUUCCAAUGCAGCAAUUUACAUUAAAGUAUCUGAAUGUUACGUGGAGAAGGUAGUCGAUUGCUUGGAGGUGAUACCUAAGUUUGGACAAACGACAUUGACGUUGGAGGAUUACAGGGAGUUGAAAAUAUAUAUGCAAAUCGCCUGUGAAUCAAACCACCAUCCUCUGGGACAAUUGGUGCUAAGCCUUACGAACGCAUUUAAUACUACUUAUGGGGGAGUGAGAGUACAUCCACUGCUACUCAGCCAUGCUGUUAAGGAACUUAAGAGCAUCACUUCUAGAUUGUACCAGGUAGUGCGAUUAUUAUUCCCGGCAUUGCCGCUAGAGGGCAUUGACUUAGUGCUGCCAUACCAAAUGGAUGACCCGGAAGUGGAAGAAGACAACGAAACUGAAGGCACUCCCUCGCUAUAUUCACAGAAUCCUAUAGAUGGUGAAGUAGUAUCGGCGGAAUCCCUCCUGCAACCCACAUUGCUGCCGCGCGUGCACCCUGCCUUAUUCGUGCUGUACGCGCUUCAUAACAAGAAAGAAGACGAUUUGUAUUGGCGUCGAUUACUCAAGUGGAAUAGACAGCCAGACAUCACGCUUAUGGCCUUCUUAGGGAUUGAUCAAAAAUUCUGGAUCGGUUACACGAACUGCAACUCCCCGAUGAAAGAUCAGCUGUUCCAAGAGGCCGUGGAGACCUUGCAGCAGUUGAAGACGACCUUCUCACCUAUCGAGAAGCUACUUGUUAUCAAGAGAACCUUCCAGAAGAUGACUACAGCUGUGCAGCAGGAAUUAGGGUCAGGCUACCUAUGGAGCAUGGACGAAUUGUUCCCAGUGUUUCACUUUGUAGUGGUCCGUGCUCAGAUAUUGCAGCUUGGAUCAGAGAUACACUUUGUUGAGGACUUCUUGGAACCUGGCAUGCAACACGGAGAGCUAGGGCUUAUGUUUACUACGCUUAAGGCAUGCUACUUCCAAAUUCUACAAGAGAAGAUGACUAUUAACUAAAUUGAGUAUGGACCCGAGUACGAAAUCCUAAUGAAUAAAUAAGAUUAUUGAUCUCUCGAAACGGUAUGGUGCGUUUAGUUUUAGCUUUCGCAAUAAUUUUCUGUAAUACAUUGUCACAAAAGAUUCAGUAAACUUCUAAAACGGGUAAGUGUAAUUUGAAUCUGUAUAACUAAAUAUAGUUGUACUUUUUCCGGUUACAAUAUGUAACAAUUUAUAUGUACUACCUACAAACAUUUUGAUGUAGUAAAUGGCUACCUAUAGAUAUAAUCUUGCCAUAUAAUUGAUGGGAAUGGCUUACAAAUUUUAAAAGUUGAAACGUUUUAAAUUCUUCACUUAAAUACUUUUGAGCUCGAAGCUUGCAAAUUCGUUGAGGAAAACGUUUAAAACUAUAGAUUUUAUUUCAAACAAAGCUUUAUAUUGUGGUGACAGCGAAAAA